GUACAUUUCUCGGAACAUUUGUUGGAAACAUCAAAAUGUUUUCAUUCUCUUCUUUAUAUACCUCAUAUACACACAUAUAUAUGUACACCAUAUUCUCUUUUUCAUUCCCCUUUUCAAGAUAGUCGCACGGGGCACCACACUGAGUAUAGUGCAGUGCUGCUUCUCUAAGUGCACGCUUCAUAGAUUCCAUCCGAAUGGCAUCGUAGUGCCGUAUAAAGAACCGGAUUACACGGUGUCCAUUUCAAGGUAUAUAAGAAGUUGGUGUUUGCGGGGAUGUAGAAGGAGUAGAGGGAUGGCGAGAGGAAAGGAAGAAGAGAAUGGUUCGCGAAGGGUGGUGGAAAAGUGGUGGAGCUUGAAAGAGCCACGCCCCGAUCGUACAAACGUCGAGCGUGGAAAUCGGAGGGUGUCUCUCUAUCCGCGGCUCAGCUCAACUCGGGGGUGGCUCUCGUCUACGUCCAACCGAGAGAGACACGAACGCAACCACCACAGAGGUCACCGCGCGCAACGAAGUCGAAUCACAGUCGUAUCCUUUAUCAGCGAUGUCACAGAACAUCCACGCGUGUCACCGAACUACAAAACGUCGAACUUUAUCUAUAAAUUGUCCGUACCCUUAAAAUAUCAUUCAAUAACAAUUAGAGAUUAUCGUUCGUAUAUCGAGAUUAUUGAUCUCUUACAUAAGUUUCUUUCUUCUGUUUUGUCAUAAUCAUUGGUGAGGGAAUCGAGUAUUUGUAUUUAUACGAGAAAAUAUAGUGCGCGAUGAUCGAAAAAAAAUUACAACAAUGGCUCAUGGUGUUACGGAGAACUUGUGAUCUAACGAUCGAUAAGAUCUGAGCUCAUUGCUAAUUAAUUAUGUGUAGAUUUUGUGGUGUAAUAUCUAUAUGAUCAAGAUCGUGGAUGAUUAUCUUCGAUCUAGUUUAGCUAUAUCAUACGAAGAGAAAGAAGAGAACUUCUUCUUGAAAAGUUUUCAUCAUUAUACGAAGAUAAAGGAGUAAGAAGAUCGAAAAGGAACAGGAAGAGGAAGAAGAAGAAGCAAAAGAAAAAGAAGUAAAAGAAGAAAGAGCAAGAAGACGAGCAAUAUCAAAUCACGUAACAUGGUAGAGAGUAUCUAUGCUGGUGAUUCACCGAGAUCACGUUCUCCGAUGACAGAACCAUCGAGUCCUCUUCAAGAUGGUCCCGGUAUAUCCGGUUACAAUCAUCGUUAUCUAUACAAUUAUUCACCUGAGGGUCCACAACAUAAAUUAAAGAAUCACGAUACCCAAAAUCAUGCAUCUUCGAGGCGACACGAAGUGGAAUCACGCGAAAGAACGUUCUCCAGGAGUCCAGUGAGUUCGGAAGAGGCAGGUUAUCGACCUCGGGAAAUUUCAAGGCCGAGUUCCUCCGCUACCAUGUCCUCACCCACCUCUCUAUUUACCAUCGACAGUAUCCUAGCACCUAGACCGAUCGCUAAUAUACCCCCAACAAGUACUGCGAGCUUAAACUCCAUGAUACAGAAUCCGGAAACCGUCGGUUCACCUUCGAGGACAACUACCAUGCAUCCUCUUCAACAACAGCUUCAUCAUUUGGCCUUCACCUCGGCGGAUUUUUUCGCCGCCGCAUAUCCUGCCUUAUAUCCAGGACAAUAUGUAGCUGCUAUGGCUGCUGCAGGUGUUUCUCUUCAUGGACAACCAACGUUUUAUCACGCUGGUCAUCCUUAUCAGAUGAAUCCAAGCACGCCAGGUGUCGGACCAAUGACGAAAAGGAAACGUCGUCAUCGGACGAUAUUUACGGAAGAACAGUUGGAACAAUUGGAGGCCACAUUUGAUAAAACGCAUUAUCCUGACGUGCUGCUUAGAGAACAAUUGGCUCUUCAGGUUGAUCUCAAGGAAGAAAGAAUCGAGGUAUGGUUCAAGAAUCGUCGUGCCAAGUGGCGCAAACAAAAACGCGAGGAACAAGAACGCAUGCGAAAACUCCAGCUGGAACAACGUCAACACAACGAGGAUGGAGUAUCGACGGCAUCGAUUAGGGUUACCGAUCAUCUGGCCUUGACCAGACAGCAACAGCAGCAACAACAACAGCAGCAGCAGCAACAGCAGCAACAACAACAACAGCAACAGCAACAGCAACAGCAACAACAACAGCACGAACAAGAAACUGACAGUUCCGAUCUGGAGGUCGCGUAGUCGCUAAAGGACUUCAUCCAAAUCGUUUUUUCACCAUGCGUCGCCAUUGAAACCGCUGAAAGUCGACUUUUCUUCUCGCCUGGGAAGCCUGUAAAUACGGAACUAAAAUGUAAAUAUUCCUGUAAAUAUGGCUAACGAUGAAUGUGUAUAAACGAAAUAAAUUAUUGCA